CGUCCAUAGCUCACGGUGGAGCCACGUGAAUUUGUGUGGUGCUUCGGUCUGGCAUGUGCGUCAUGUGGACACAGGUAUGAAGGAGGACAACCUGUGGUACUUACCCUGGGUGGUCCGCCCCGAUCUGUUACAUGGAACGCAGUACCAUAUUUCGCCAUCUCUCGGCGUUAUCAGAAGACGCCGUCGUACGACUUUAUCCACUGCUGUUACUGUUCAACAUUGCGGAUGUCAGCGUCAGUCGGACAUCGAACACAGACCCCCGGAAGUUCCUUCUGCUCAUCAUUACCAUCACACUGAUUACCGAUGGAAACACUGUGAUGGCAGUACAUCUCGACAUCAUGAGGCGAAUCAAAGGAUUCACAGCAGAGGUGUGGAACAUUAUCUCAACUCCUGGGGAAGAGUUUAAUGCCGAUCCGUGUUCAUUCGAUCGAUUUUUGGCGGGGUUUGCUGACGUCUCGGCUCUGGGAAGAAAACAUUUUCUGGCAGAAACGCUAUUAGGGUCAUGGAGGCAAAUAAGGUGUGGUGGGUUUCGAAUGUAGCACGAAUGGCAGAGAUGGGAAAUUCCUACAAAGUUCUACUCGUAACCUGAAGGUACGAUAUCAUUUAAGAGACGUCACUGGCUUAUGGAUAAAAGGAAUGAGACGCAUACUAUGUAAACCUUAUACAUUAACGACGUAGGAACUGAGACAGGGAGCUGAGAAAUAAUGAUUGUGGUAUGGACAGUAUAU